GGUUGGGAAUUGCCAUGGCAUCGGGGGGGGAGAGGAUGCUACUGAUUGUCUCGCUGCACAAGAAGUCUGCGUGAACUGGAUGGACUGGGGGGUUUGUUUUAAAAGCAGAGUUAGGCAUUAAUACGUGGCAGGAUUUCUUUGCAAGAGGAGGGGAGCUGAGACUAGGACGGAUUGUAGAGCUCUGGCUUGCUUCGUGUCAGUGUCUGGAUGUAACAAAGCAGGGGUGAGCAAGAGGGGAAGAGGCGGAGUCGGCAGCCCGGCGCUGCUAACCAAAGAUUAUAGAGUGGAUCUUUGCUGCUAACUCCAGCGAGCAGCCUCAGCAGCAGCAAUAACCCGAGUGCUGGUGAAACGCCAGCGCAGCUCAGCGCUGCUCCCCAUUGUGUCAGAGCGGAGAUUGCCUGCUUCACUGGCGCAGUCAGUCUACAAGCUGAAGCGGAGGAUACGUUUAGAAGUCGCCUGUCUUCCUCCUCCUCCUCCUCCUCCUCGCAAGGACCUGGAAAGGCGGAGGCUGAAACACGGCGGCGCCUUUCCUCUGGCCGUUUUUACAGUUCUUGGCUCAAUUUGUGCUCUUUUCCACUGACAGUGGAUCUGCUCCCUCGCCGAGCGGAGCCUGCUUUAGAUCCAGAGUGUCCGCCAGAUGUUGCUGAAGGCGACCCCGGUCCUUCGGCCCAUCCCAUUGAGUUUGCCCCAUCUCCCCUCGGGUAUCAGUCCCAUCUUGGAAUAUUAAACAUCUAUAUAUAUAUCUGCAAGAAUAUACAAAUACAAGCAACAAAAUGGACGGGUUGUCGAAGAGGAAUGAAAAGUUGGAAGUGCCAGAGGAGGAAGAAGUGGAUCCGAGAAUUCAGGGGGAACUCGAGAAGCUGAACCAGUCGACAGAGGCUAUUAAUCGCCAGGAAACUGAACUAGAGGAAGGCCGGCAGAAGUUUCGAACGGUUUUAGUUGAAGCCACUGUUAAGCUUGAUGAAGUAGGGAAGAAGGUCGGAAAAGCGGUGGACGAUUCCAAGCCAUACUGGGAGGCCCGAAGAGUCACACGUCAGGCCCAGUUGGAGGCCCAGAAAGCCACCCAGGAUUUUCAACGCGCCACGGAGGUGUUGCGGGCAGCCAAGGAAACGAUUGCUCUGGCCGAACAGAGGCUGCUGGAAGAUGAAGAGCGUCAGUUUGAUUCAGCGUGGCAGGAGAUGCUUAAUCACGCAACACAGCGGGUUAUGGAAGCAGAACAGACCAAGACGAGGAGUGAGCUGCUGCACAAAGACACGGCCAUGAAGUACAAUGCAGCAAUGAGCAGGAUGAAGCAACUUGAGAAGAAACUGAAGCGAAGCAUAAAUAAAUCCAAGCCAUACUUUGAACUGAAAGCGAAAUACUACCUGCAGAUGGAGCAACUGAAGAAGAAUGUGGAUGAACUGCAGACCAAGCUGUCUUCGGCCAAAGGGGAGUAUAGAGCUGCCUUGAAGAACCUGGAGAUGAUCUCUGAUGAGAUUCACGAGAGGAGGCGUUCCAACGUUAUUGGACCCAGAGGGCGAGGGGUUGGUGCUGAGGGAAAUGAAAACUCUCUCGAAGAUUUAUCCAGCCUGAAGACAGACCCCGAUGAGUUAUCCGUGACAUCUGAGAUAUUUGAUGACGACAAUAGCAGCGACCAUGUCUCUGAAGAUUCGGAGAGUCAGUGUGAGUCCAGUUUAGGCUCCUGCCCAACCAGCCCCUUGGACCAGCCGAACCCCUUUCUUCUGGUGACUCAUCCCCCCAGCAUGGAGCUGUUGAGCCCACUGUCUGAUUGUGCGCCAGGCUCUCCUGUUCUGGGGCCUCGCAGUGAAUGCAGCGGAGCUUCCUCUCCCGAGUGUGACGCUGAACGAGGGUACAGGGCUGAAGGUGCUGAAAGUACAGACAAACUGAUGAAUCAACAAAGCAUAGACGAGACAGCUCUGAAUAUUAGAGUAACUCAAAUUUCAGUCAAGUGCACCCAGCCACAGGAGAAGCAAAUUUCAGGAAUAGAAAUCUGCAGUUUAGCUGGCUCAACUUCGUAAAUAAUGAUGUGAAGCAACAUCUUAAACAUGCCAGAAGACAUAACCAACGGCUUACUUGCUCACGUAUAUGGUUAAGGCCUUUGUAAUUGCAGUCUGGCUGCAGACUGAAAGGUUUCUUUGAAGCAUAGUUGAUAUUUGUAACUGGGAUGAAAAGGAACCAAAUGGACACCAGCAAAAUAUGUACAUAGUAAUUUGAUUUCAGACUGGAGGCCAACUAAUAGCAACCAACUUGUGCUGGAGACUCGGAUUUGGAGAUCCUCUGAAUUGAUGAUCCAGUUGACGACUUACUCGUAUAUGGCAGAGAAGGAACAUGAAUCAACAGAGGACACGCUUUGCUCCACUUGUAUUGUGUGCGAUAUUCACAUGCGCCACUUAAUUAUGUCCCUUUUCACACCAAGACCUGUUACAUCCUUGUGUUCGAGUGUGCUACUACGUUUGGGGUCUGUAAUCCACCUUAGUUUCACACUGUUGAAGAUCAGAGCCAAAGGAACCUCUCAUGUUUCCUGUUGUUGAGAGAAGGACUUAAAAAAAGCAACUGAACAAAAGCAGAGAAGUGCUGAGAGUACUUCACUUCCUGUGGAUAGUGUUUUAACAGGAGCGGUCCGACAUGUGGAACGGCAGAUUGGCGUCACUGAAUUUCAUAAUCGUUCCUUCAUCUCCUCACCCAAGUGGAGGAAACUGAGAAUUGUGGAGAAAACUGACCAUUGCGAUAGAAAGGGCCUUUGGCUGAGAAAUUGCUGCAUUUUCACAUAACUUUAGUUCCUCUGGCCAGCAAUUUGCAUUAAACUAAGUGCACUACAGGCAUCAACAAGGUUUUGCUGCUGGGAAUUGACUGUCUGUACAGUUGAAAGGAAAAUGGCACGGACUUGGAUGUGUGUAUUGGGAAUCAAGAUUCUGAAAACUAGCGGAAACACAAGAGACUGCAGAUGGUGGAAUUUUGAGCAAAAAAAAAAAAAACUGCUGGAGGAACUCAGUGGGUCAGGCAGCAUCUGGGGAGUGAAAUGGACAUAGAAAACAUAGAAAAUAGGGGCAGGAGGAGGC